AUGAGGGCUUCAGUCCAACGAAGACGCUCCUCGUCUGCAAUUACCAGGGCCCUGAGCAAAAGUAAAUCAAACUCCAGGUACGAAAUUUUAAUAGAGGUGUAAACAUAUGACUCUCAAAAAUGAUCACAGUGGAAAUAAGGAGGAACACCUGUGGAUAUGUGAAAUGUAGAAAAACUACCUGCCAGUAUGUUGAUCUACUGCAAACAAUCGGAGCUGAAGUACUUAAGUAACUCUAGUACUUAAAUAAAAAAAUAAAAAACAGUAGAUAAAUCACCAUGGAAACUAACGUAAUGUUCCAUUUGAAUCCAUUAGUUUACAUGGUGAUUGCUCUACUUUAAAACUUUGCACCAUUUUCAAUAAACAACAGUUUUGUAAAUGUAUCUGCUAUUUGGUUGAAUGAAUAAGCUGUCAGUAGCCUCCAUAGGGACAUACAGGAGGUUUUACCAAAUUAAUACGGAAGUUAUUUUUUGUUAAGAAAUGUGUAUUAAUAUCACUAGAUGGAACAAUUUUCUCAUUGUACUGUGUUUUUAGUGUUUUUGUUUUUUAAACAUCACAGAUGAAUAAAAGGAAAAUCACAUUAUCUUAAUCCAACACCAAAAACUAAUUUCUCAUCCUACAUAACAACAUAGAAGAGACAACAGCAGCCAAAAGAUUUUCAGUUCUGUUUAUCUGCCUGCUCUCUUAUAAAUAAUUGCUCUGGGUGUUUAUCUCUGCUUAAGAGUUUCUUAGCUUAGAAAUUAAUUUUGAUGUUGCGUUCCAGUGCUGAGAUAUGAAAGAAUUCUCAUGGCAAAUCUGGCAUGACUAAACUGAGCUAAUUACUCAUAUUAGAAUUUUGUUGUAUUUGAGCUUCAGAUAUUUCAGAUAAAGAUAUUUUAUUUCAUCUGCUACCUCUGAGAAAAUAUGAAAAAGGCACUCAGAUCUGGUCUAGGUGCUAUGUCAACCGGUUUGAUUUCCUUUCAAGGGUACGCCGGGCACUGCGUACAUGUGACGGAGCUCCUGUACUCCGACCGAGUACCUCCAUCCAAUCCGCUUCCUAGCCGUUUGCCAGGAAUCUGGAACACUUCUACCUCAGUCACUGAAGCUUGACUGGGGUCUCUCAGGAGCUCUUCCAACCAACCAAGCUGCAUCUCUUCUUCCAGGCAGGUUUUAUCCUCUGCCAAAUUCCGCUGCAGCCCUGCUUCCAGGGAGGUAUACACAUCCGCCUGUAAUGUUAUAGCUCCUAUCUUUGUAAAGACACUCAUGACACUCAGGCCAAGCCUCUUGCUUUAUCCCAGGGUAAGAGGGAUUCUGCAAACAGGUCUGAAGACUGUCACUGGGAUCCAUACAAAUCUACACAGGACACCCAGUUCCAAGUGGAACUAACAUGCCAUUUUUUUAUUUUUUAGUCAGGACUAGCACAAAUGCUCAUAACAUUUAGAUUAAUAUGACAACUCAAUAAAAAUACAAACAAUCAAAUCAUAGCAGACAACAUAGAGCAACGUAUUAUAACACACUGCCAUAUUUAUAAAGGGGUGGGGAAAACAAUAAUUUACAGAAAAUAUCUCUCCUGCUUGCAGAAUUAGCAUUAUGCAAAUCUACAUGAAUAUGCAAAUUAGCAAUCCUUGCUAUUCAGGUAGUGUAUAUCACUGUUACUAGAUCCUUGCAACCAACAGGUGGCUCUGUACAGACUCCACAGCCAAAUCCACCUAGUUGAUUGCAAACAUUAGCAAGACUAGAGAGCACACUAACAUUUAACCCCAAACAACCACAUUACACACACACCCUGCACGCACAAUGGACACAGGGUGACUUAAACAUAGGAAUCAUUCAGAUACCUAAUUUAAUUGUCCAUCUUAAGUUCUUGGUGAUGGUGACUACCGUCACAAUGCAUAUGUUAAAUAAGCCACUCUUACAUUAUACAUGCCCACUAAUCAUAAAUAAAAAUUGUGCAAAUGCUACACAUCGCCCUCUGCUAGAGAAUGCAUUAAUGUGACUUUCAUGGAACCGUUUCAAAAUCAAAAUGGCACUCAAUAGGAAUCCUUACCCUUGAGCACUUUCUAAAUGCUCUUAAACACAAUCAUGGACCGCAUGGCACAAUCAUUGAUAUAAUGAGACUUUUGGCAAGACUGGACACAAAGUAGCAGCAUACCCAGACAACUUGUUAUUUGAUGUUACCAAUUUGCAGGAUUUUGAGACCUAUGGCUCUCUCGUAAACCUACGUAUAAACUAGUCAAAGUCUGCUAUUCUGAAUGUGUCUAUCCCAGAACAGCAGGGCCGAGCCCAUCCAUCUGAGGUUCACUUUCUAGUGGCCCAACACAAAUUUGUGGCACAGUGCAGUGCCGCACCUCUCCUGGCUGGUCGUGGUCUGAAGGGUCAAGACGAAUCUUUUAUGAUGCUCACUAGGAGUUCAAAAUCAGUUCCCUUAGGCAAUUUAGUGCUCCAUGUGUGGCAUCCCCCUUCUUGAAGGCCUCCGUGCCUGCCUUUAAGAGACUCCUGGAUAAUACAACUGGUCACGUCCACCAUCUCUUUAAUGGUGAUGUCCUUAAGUCUCUCUGCUCUAAUGGGGCCCCACCAACCAACAUUCAUGAAGCAGCUCAUGUGUAGGCAACUGGUUGCUUUUGUGGACAACAUUCUCCAAGAACCUACCCACUUUGAAUUGCUAAUUGACCCAGAUCCAAUGGAGUAUGGCAUUAAGACCCUUGUAUGCAAUUCUCCAAGAACAUUUGAGAACCCCUAGCCCUAAAUAUUUGGUAGAUGGGAAGAGACCUUGGGAAUGACUCUUACCCCUAGACAAUAACAAAAAAUCUGCAAUCGGACCCACCCUGUGUCACCACCAGUAGGUUUCAGUAAUCAGCAUAUAAGAUCCUAACUCUAUGGUAAAAAACUCUCUACCUUCCAAAUAACAUGGAUCCAUCCAACACAAGUUAGUGCUCAUGUUGUUAGGUGGUGGAAGAUAAGUUCUUGCAUUUAGAGGUUGUAAGGGUGUCUACACUUACCCUUACAUGCCGCCAGUCAUGUGGUGUCCUGAUCCAACACCAAGAAUUACUUUUAGUCUACACAAUCAUGUCUGGAUUUUAUAUGCUGUGAUUGACUCAGCACUAUCGAUUGGCUCAAAUACUGGUAUACAUAAUCAUCAUUUGUCCUGUAUUAUCAAAACAAUCUGUAUACUUUAUCAGAGUAGUUGUAAUGUAAAGGCUUAAAAUAAGGUUUUGUCUGGAUUUUCUUUGCUAUAAGGCUCAGCUAUCUAGAACAUUGUUCUGUUAUUGAUAGCAAUGUUCAGAGGGUGAAUAAUAGAGGUUAAAAUUAUAUACUUGAUAAGGAGAUAUUUGUUUUCCUGUUGCUUGAAAUUGCAAUUUUUGGAUAGAGAUGACCAGGCUUCCUGUUGUGUUUCCUGUACAAUUUCUCUGUUCUAGAAGAAUUCUUCAUAAUAAUAUUUUUUAUGCAACACUAAUUUUAGAACCGACACCACCACAAUUUAAAUGGGCCUGAGCCCCUACCAGGACUGUACUUGGACAGAGUUUCAAGGAGGUGCCACUUGUUGUUUUUGUCUUGUACCUUCUUGGUAUCUACAAAUGAUUCCUUUGUGGCACAAUUUUUUUGAGUCAGAGACGUAUAACCUUUUGUUAUGGUUUUGCAUACAAGUUUUCCAAAUUUUGGACUGUUCAUUUUUAGAGAUGUUUAUUUCUGCAAUGGAAAAGGAAAUAUCACUAGGUUAAGCCAGAAUAUUCUCAAGAGAAUUCAUAACACCUAAUUUAUCCGGUUUUCUAAAUAAAUGUUGUUUUGGGAUACUUGUUCUUAAGAAAUGUAUCCUAAAAUUUCCCAAAGAAUGAGAUAUAAUUCUGUAGAAAUUUUAAGUCGGCGAAUGGAUGAAAAUCAAUAUCAAAUCAAAGUAAUAUCGAUUUUGAAACUGUUGGAUGUAAUAUAUAUUAACUGAAGUUUACAAUCAUUUGUGAUGUUUUGUGAACAAAUGAAUCUACAAAGUGCUGUUUGUAGGAGCAGUCCUAAAUGUGUUCGCUUGGCAUGGAAAGGUUAUUUGAGCAGAAAACAAAAUCAUAAGUACAAUGUGUGACAUUUGUAAUUGGGGUAGGGCAGACCAGACAAAGACACUUAUUGAUUCUCAGUUUUAAGAACCCAUGUUUCCUCAUUUCAAGGGAUAGUCCAAGUGCCAUAACCACUACAGCAUGCAGUAGUGGUUAUGAUGCCAAGAGUUCCCUGGUGCCACCCUACAGUACCCUACUAGUCAUACCAUUUUCAAAGAUCCCACAGAUGCCUCUGGUCCGACCUCCUCUUAUGAGAUUACUAUCUAACACAUAGGUAAAUACUUAUGCUUAACUGAUGUUAAUUAUAACUGUGUUUGUAAGUAAUUCAUUUACUAAAAGCACUAGCUGACACUCUCAACCAGUGAAUUCCAACCAAACAGGAACAUAAUUGAUAACUCUACAGCAAAAAGGGACUGGGGGCAACUAGGGAACCCAGGUACGUGUUACAUCAUUUGAAAACAGCUUAAUUACUUAUUUUCUUAUGGUGCUAGGGAAAUUCUCACUUCUAGCACCAUAUCCACUAUACAAGGGAGUUAUUAUUUGGUUUGCAAUGUAUAGAACUAUAACAUGGAGGUCUGUUCCUAUAAUCUAGAUGCCAAUGUUGCUCCUGAUUGGCUGCUGUAGUUCCAGCUAAAGUCAUAUGUAUGCAUUUUUAGCAUAACAUUUACAAACACAGUAAGUAUAAACUAAGUCAAUGAUCACCAUCCAGUAUUGACUGCAGGUGUUAUCACAAUAUAGGAAACAUGAUAUUUAUUUCCCACCAUUAAGAGACCCGUGUUAAAGAUCCAAUAUGAACUGCUAUUCUUAGUGAGCUACAGAUUUCUAUGGAAAUUUACAUAUACAGCAAAAAACUGAAAUACACUUUUAAACCACAUGUGUAAAAAGAGAAAAUGUAAGUAUACUUGUUCGUCAGGGACAACAGAAAAUCCUAAUGGUGGAUUGGUGUUGCUCAUAAUGACCACAUAUAGAACACACAGUAACAUAGGAAUCAAGGUUGAAAUAAGGCUCCAGCCUAUCAAGUUCAAUUGCCCAGUUCAAGGUCAUAGGUCUAAGGUUGGAUAUUACACCAUUUAAAGAACAUACAGUGUGAUACUGUAGAAAGUAAAAUAUACAUAAUGUCAUACUAUAUUUAAUACAUUUUAUAGUGAUUUUAACCAAUAAGUGCAAUUCCCGCUUUUUAUUUCAAGAAUAAAUAUUUUUAUUCAACAUGACAGUAUACACCAUUUUUUUCCAUUAUAAAUAUCACCAUUUUGGAAUGUGUAUUACAAUGUACUUUGGGUUUAUUCUGGAUCUGCUAUCAUUUUAUUAGCAUGUGAGUUACAAUUAUUAAAGAUAGUGAUAUUAUUAUUUUUUUUUACUUUACAUGCAUUUUUUUAUGAUUUACUUAUGGUUGAACGUGAUGCAUUUUAUUACCUUUAUUACAAUGUAACUAUGUAGCUGUUUAUUUAAAUGAAUGCAUGUCCCUGUCACUAUGUGCAUUUGUUGAUUUUUGUUUUAUUUUCUUAGGGAGAUCACAUUGUUUCCUGCCAAUUCAGGGAAUGGACUUCUCCUGGGUGCUUUCUGUAGUCCUAGCAAUAUGCUCAUAUUGAAGGAGCGGGUACAGCUCACAAAUGGGUGGCAGACUCAAGAGAGACACCUGUUUCUAUUUAAUGACAGUCUUGUCAUCGCAAAGUCAAAGUAAGAACAACACAAGUAACUUGCUUCAUCUUACAUUUUUAGGAUUUUGUUUUUUUGGAUUUAAGUUUUCCAAACAAAAACAAAAUAAACGCUGUUGGAUGUGUUUGAUGUUUCUCAAAAUCUUUCAAGCUGGGCAAAAAAUAAAUACAAAGUUUGUCCUUAAUUGUACUGAAGCAGCAAAUAAUGAGGACUGUUACAUGUUAACCAUUAGUGGCUGCAUUAAGAGUAUACAUUAUGUGUGUGGAGCAAAGUCUUCAAAAUCUCAGCUUAAUGAAGUGAUGCGGGUGCCAGGUCCAUCUAGGAUUAACCCUGCCUGCUGUAAACAUAGCAGUUUCAGAGAAACAUAGCAGUUUUCAGAGAAACUGCUAUGUUUACAUAUGGGUUAAUCCAGCCUCUAGUGGCUGUCUCAUUGACAGCCACUAGAGGCAUUUCCGCGCUUCUCACUGUGAUUUUCACAGUGAGAAGACGCCAGCGUCCAUAGGAAAGCAUUGAGAAUGCUUUCCUAUGAGACAGGCUGAAUGCGCGCGCGGCUGUUGCCGCGCAUGCUCAUUCAGUCGAUGACGGGAAAGGAGGAGAGUCCCCAGCACCGAGGGAGCCCGGGGCUCGAAAAAAGGUAAGGGAUUAACCCCUUCCUCACCCUAGAGCCCGGCGGGAGGGGGGCCCUGAGGGUGAGGAGGACCCAAGGACCCUAUAGAGCCAUGAAAACGAGUAUGUUUUCCUGGCACUAUAGUGGUCCUUUAAGGUUUAUUAUGUAGAUCUGUCUUUAUAUCCAUUAAACAAUAUUAUACCAAUUUUUUUUAAUAUAUAUUUAUAUAUAUUUAAUAUAUUUUUUUCUUCCUCUGCCACAUUUUUUUUUUAAAUUUGCAUUUUUUGUAAAUAUUGUACUGCAUAUUUUACCUUAUGGGAUUUGCUUCUUGGUCAUAAUAGUAGAAUGUCAAUUUUGAUUUGAUUAGUGAUAUAUUAUUUAUUGCUCGAUCUGAGGUUAGGCAAUCUCAUGUUGCAUGUAGUUAGCUUUUGGAUAUAGGACUAGGAAAUCACAGACAUCCUAAUUACAGGAAGAGUUGGAAAUAAGGAAAAAUUGUUCCAACAUUUACACAACAAUAGAAAACAUUAAUCUUUUAAUUUACACUACAAUGGCAUAAAACAGAGUAUAUUGAAAAAUAAAUAGAAUGUAUAGAAUGCAAGAAUUUUAACUAAAAAAAUGGCUUGUCCUGUACUGUUUGUGGAUGUAAAAACAUUCAAUUAAUGAUAGCAUUAUUCUAUUUGUCAAUAUAAGCAGACACAAUGAAUGCAUCUACCUACUUAUCAGCUGGAUCUAUUACCAUAAGAAUAGAUCUAGUAUGACACAAAGCUAGGGCAUGCAGAUGCUGUUUUAAUAAAUAUGAGCCAUUUACAGUAAUUUUAAAUCAUGUUAUUUUGAGAAUGAUGAAGCACCAAAUAACUCUGUGUAUAAAGUCUUGGGAAGCUGUGGUUUCGCUCACGACAAAUCACAGACAUUUCGGUUUUGGAAUUCAUUUUCUGGACGGACGUCUGCCAACUCUUUUAACUAUUUCUAAAACUAUUUUAAUUCCUCAUCUUAUAUGGCAUUUGUGAGGGCUGUCUAGCCACAUCUAGCUCGUUUUUAAAAUAUCACAAAACAAAGUCAUAAAUUAACAUAUAAAAAAAAAACUGUGAUAAUUUUUGUUACAUUUUCUCGUGUUUGUCUGGAUUUUAUUUGUUUGUUUUGUAAACUAAUAAUUCAUCGGUUAUCCUGAGCCUUCAGCCUCCAUUUCAUAUCUUUUCAGGAUUAUUCACUAAAGUUAGAAUUCAAAGUAAAUAUCAAAGUGAAUUUCAAAUUUGAGGUCAAAAUAGACAAACUGGAAAAAGUUUUGAAGUUAGCUAUGCUUUCAAUUCAGCUACUUUGUCCUCAAAUGCAAAAUAAACUUUAAAAUUCUCACUUUAGUAAAUAACCUAAUUUGUCUCUGGAUUAUUCAUUUUUUACAUUGACAAAAUCUACUGAAUAUUAUAUUUAUAUAAUAUGAUAUAUAACUAUGCCAAUAUUAUAUUUACCUAUUAUAGAUCUUCUUCCAGCCUAAAGCUUAAGAAACAGGUGCAUUUAAAUGAAUUGUGGAUAACCUCCUGCCUCAGUGAAAUCUCAGAAAAGAAAUUGAGCUCUGAUAAUUCGUUUGUUCUUGGUUGGCCUACAACAAAUUACAUUGUAACUUUCAGGUAAUUAUGUGGGGUUUUUUUUUUUCAAAAGAAACACAUUCAUUUGGGGAAUUUUUUUGUUCUAAAAUAUUUUUUAUUUUUUUUAGGGGAACUGUAAUUUUUCAGAAUUUUUUUCCAUAAUAUUUACUAAAUAUAUAUUUGUGCGGUGUGAAAUCUAAAAUUAAAUAUAAAAAUCCACAUCCCUUUUAUCCUGCAACUGGAUGCCUCCAACUUAGCCCCCUUUCAAUCAUUGUUAUAAACAUUGUUCUUUGCACCUGACAAUCAGCACAGAAAACAUACAAAGAGGAGCAGAAAUAAAACAAUGUUUUUAUUGCUCUUCUUCAUUUGUAAUGUUUGUCCUGGCUUUGCCUUUUCUUAAAUGGUUUAUGAUGUAAUUUGCUAAAUAUUUAAAGGAACACUAUAGUCACCUAAACAACUUUAGCUUAAUGAAGCAGUUUUGGUGUGUAGGUCAUGCCUCUCAGGUUUCACUGCUCAAUCCACUACCAUUUAGGAGUUAAAUCACUUUGUUUCGGUUUAUGCAGCCCUUGCCACACCUCCCCUGGCUCUGAUUGACACAGCCUGCAUGAGAAAAAAAACUGGUUUCACUUUCAAUCAGAUGUAAUUUACCUUAAACAAUGUUAUCUCUUGCUCUGUAAAUUGAAGUUUAAUCACAUACAGGAGGCACUUGCAGGGUAUAGCAAGCUAUUAACAUAGCAGGGGAUAAGAAAAUUUCAAUUAAACAGAACUUUCAAUAAAGGAAGGAUAAACAUUAGACGACUCUUUACAGGAAGUGUUUAUGGAAGGCUGUGCAAGUCACGUGCAGGGAGGUGUGACUAGGGUUCAUAAACAAAGUGAUUUAACUCCUAAAUGGCAGAGAAUUGAACACUAAGACUGCAGGGGCAUGAGCUAUACACCAAAACUGUUUCAUUAAGCUAAAGUUGUUUUGGUGAUUAUAAUGUCCCUUUAAUUAAAAGAAAACAUAGUAACUCGUAGAUAAAGGUAAACUCAAGUUAUAGAGGUUUUUAAUUUGUUUAUUAAAUUUUUUUAUUCAAUGGUGUACAUUCCAGAUAAGUGACAGUUCCCCUUUAAGGCUCAUACAAAAGGUUUAAAUAAAUAUAAAUAAAAUUGGUGAGCACAUUGUAGUAUCAAAAGUUUAAAAUAUAAAAUAAUCAAACAUAUAUUUGCUCUUAAUAAGUAAAAUAAAAACAGUUUGUCCUGAAAAUAUAUUCUAUUGGUAUACUUUCUAUUGAGAUCCUCAUUUGAACUAUAUGGUCAUUGUGGUAUUUUUUAUUUGUCUAUAGAAAGACAUUUCAGUGUCGAAAGACCACCAUAAAUAAUUUGAGAAAACUGUUUCAUCCCCAUAUAGUAAUCUAAUAGCUAAAUAAGGCCAUAGCGUGCAGAGUGCCAAGAAAAAUAUAUUACAACUUAGUAAACAGAAACUGCGUGUAUACAGAAGAUAAUCAUUUAAAGGCACACUACAGGCAUCAAAAUAAUGUUAGCUUAAUAAAGCAGUUUGAGUGUAUAGAUCAUGCCUCUGCAUUCUCUCUGCUUAAUUCUCUCAAAUAAACACACUGUGCUGUAAGAUAUAACCAAAAAUAAAACCCUUUUUCGGUAGAGGCUGUGUCAGUCACAGACAGGGGAGCUACAGCUGCAUAAACUGAAACAAAAGAGAAUUGAGCGAUGCAAGUGCACCAAAACUACUUUGUUAAACCCAAGUUGUGUUGGUGCUUAGAGUAUCUCUUUAAGCAUGGGGAUCUCUAACACUUUAUGCCCAAUGUAUUGCUUAUAUAUGUGUGUAUAUAAGCAAUACAUACAGUCAUAUUUAUACACACACACACACAUACAUAUAUAAAAAACAAUUCACUCACAGCCAAUAUUACCUACUUUUCCUGGAUACCUGAAUAUUGCAAUUGCAAUGUUUUAUGAAACUCGGUGCGCAGGCAUUAUAUUGGUCAACAGAUGUUAAUAGGAGAAAAUAUAGCUUUUGAGGCAGUACACCAGAUAAUAGUGCCUAGAUUUAAAUUACAUUUACUGCCUAUUACGGACACUCUACCAAGCCUCUACCUAGAAAUCCACCAUACCACUGAACAACUGUCCACUGUACUAUUAGAAUUUUAAAAUGUUAAAGGGACACUAUAGUCACCUGAACAACUUUGGCUUAAUGAAGCAGUUGUGCUGUAUAGAACAUGCCCCUGCAGCCUCACUGCUCAAUCCUCUGCCAUUUAGGAGUUAAAUCCCUUUGUUUAUAAACCCUAGUCACACCUCCCUGCAUGUGACUUGCACAGCCUUCCAUAAACACUUCCUGUAAAAAGAGCCCUAUUUAGGCUUUCUUUAUUGCAAGUUCUGUUUAAUUAAGAUUUUCUUAUCCCCUGCUAUGUUAAUAGCUUGCUAGACCCUGCAAGAGCCUCCUGUAUGUGAUUAAAGUUCAAUUUAGAGAUUGAGAUACAAUUAUUUAAGGUAAAUUACAUCUGUUUGAAAGUGAAACCAGUUUUUUUUUCAUGCAGGCUCUGUCAAUCAUAGCCAGGGGAGGUGUGGCUAGGGCUGCAUAAACAGAAACAAAGUGAUUGAACUCCUAAAUGACAGUGAAUUGAGCAGUGAAAUUGCAGGGGAAUGAUCUAUACACUAAAACUGCUUUAUUUAGCUAAAGUAAUUUAGGGGACUAUAGUGUUCCUUUAAUGUCUGCCAAAAUCCAAAUGUUGUAACUACUUAUUUGAUAGUAAAGCCAUUGACAAUUCCAAAAGCACAAUCUAUGAGUAGUUUUUAGAUUUGUGCACAGAGAGAAUUUAUUUUCUAAAAAUAUAUUUUUUUAAAAUGGUAUUUAUACACAUUCCUGUAGUUAUCACCUUUAUUAACAUAACAUCCACACUCCGCUUUGUGUUGCUAAAUUGUGUUUCCUUCACAUGCACAGAUUUCUGGAUUGUCAUGUUAACGGACUUUAUACCGUGAUUCUAUAUCUGUACUGUAGUUAUAAAUGAAUGGAAACACAAUGUUCAUUUUGGUGGUGAUAAAACUAAAAGAAAAAAUAUAGGAAAACCUUGAAACUAGAAAAAAGGAAAUAAAGGCUGUACACGAGUCAUGUUAAAAUAGAAGCAGGAAGGUCUGUUUGCUUGUGGGACACAGGAAGGAACCGUUAUAUUUGUCUAAAAUUGCCCUCUAGAAGAAGAUGUUGUUACUUCUCUUUGUAUUGUUAUUCUGUUAUAGUUCCUCUGACACAAAGGAGAAGUGGCUCUCAACUUUAUGCUGGUGAGUUAUCCUUUAAUAAACUCUUUGUUAACCCUUUGUUCUGAAAAACAACAUAUAUAUAUAUAUAUAUAGGGGCAAAUCUAAAAGACAUUGCCGGCAUAAGAUAUGUUCAGCGUUCAGCUCAACCUUUGUGCCCGCCGUACAAUUUGUCAGAUUUAUUUUAAUUUUGGGAAAUUUUAAAAUUGAAAGAAAGUUAUUGGUUGAUUUGUUAGAAAAGAAAAAGGAAACAUUUCAAUGUUUUACUUAGAAAAUCGCUACAGGAUUAUUCUGCAAUCUGGGAAUUGUGGGGAAUCGUCCAAGGAAAAGCACUUUUUAUUUUUUAGCCAAAUAGCCUGUUUAAAAAAUCUUGGACAGUUGGAUAAUUUUCCAGUCUGAUUCUUUUGGCUUAUUUACUAUUAACUGGCAAAUACCUGAUAAUGCCUGAUUUUAUUAAGAUUAUUCUUAAAGGAACACUGUAGAGUUAAGAGUACAAACAUAUAUUCCUAUGCACACUAUAGUUUGUAAUUUACUCUACUAAUGCCCCAUGCCAUGUGAGAAGCCUCAAGAUCAAUUAUCUCAACCAAUCAACCAAGAUCAAUGAUCUCAAUGUAAUACCCAAUAGAGUGAACUCUAUUAGCCAACAGCCGCUAGACUAGAGGCAUUUAAACUUCAAUAAAAACAUUGCUGUUCCUGAACUAGAGUGACAUGGCACCCAAUCCACUUAAUUGAGAUGAAGUGGCCUGGGUGCCUAUAGAGUUCAUUUAAGUAUUCUAAAAAUGCAUUUUUUAUUUCAUUCUUUCUUUAAAUUACUUUUAUUCUAUUUUCGUCUUUAAUACACAGGCAUAUAAAUGAGAUAAAGAAGAAUGAGUAUCCUAAAGAACUCCCCAUUAGCGUAUUAUACCUGGAUGCAGAGGAACUAACUUCUGUAAGUAGAGUCAACCUGAGCUACUAUAGAUUUGUCAUUGUUUUUAUUGAAAUUGUCCUUUUUUUCUGGAAUUUACAUAAUUUUAUAAAACAUUGAAAAUCAAAUACAACUUGUGUUAACCAUGAGAUGCUCUGUUUUAUUUCAAAUUUAUGUUAAAGAUUUAGCUAAUGACAACGUAAUCAAGUUAAGACAAGGCAAACAUUGCAAAUGAAAAUGAUAAAAUAGAAAUAAUAUUUAAUCUCUCCUCUUUUCUGAAUGCUUUCUUUAAGCUGACUGCCAGGUGUAAAUGACAGUGAUUAUAACAAUGAUUGACAGGGAGCUCAGAUUGAGGUGCCCAGUUACUGGACAAAGACGUGUAGAUUUAUACAUUUAAUUUUAUUUUUCAUGCUGCACAAAUACAUAUUUGUUAAGUAUAAAUAUAAAUAAUCAUAAUGUUAAAAAUUAUCAGAAGUGACAGUUUCCCUUUAACUUAAAAUCACUCUGUGUUUUGCUUUGCCACUUGGAUGAAAAAAAAAAAAACUUUCAACCUUCUUUCAAUAUCUUGGGAACGAUGAGAUUCCCAAUAAAAAUCUAUGUAGAAUUACUGCCAGACGAGGCCCUUGUGACCUAUGUGAUUUAUGGACCAUCUCUAUUUUUGGGUAUGUAAUAGAAAUGUAGGCAGUGAACUUUGAAAUAUCAUCAUCUUUCUCUAAAACAUGUGUCCAAGAUCAGAUUUAGAUUUAAAACAUUAUGUUCAAGGAUUCUGAUGAAUAUUAAGUAAAGUUCUCAGAAUAUUUUGUUUAGGAGUGCAAAACUGCAAGCUUCUAAUUUAAUGAUGUGUAUAGCUCAUUAGGAUCCCCGAGGAGCCUUUUUCACUAAACUGCAAAUUAUGGUGAAUUGACAACCCACAUUUGAAGUACAGGGGAAUUGGAGAAUUUUUCCAGUUCAGUAGUUUGGACUUUAUUUUGCAGAUUUCCUUGUAGAUAUGUAGAGAAGUGAUGAAUUAUCUUUAUAUACUAUCCAUUAUGGAUUCUAUUUGUCUCAUUAAUUAGCCAUUGAGCUGCCCGAGUAUUGUGAUAAAUGUAAUCCGUUACAGCUGCCAUACCAAAGGUUAACUGUUACAAAUGUAGGUGGGAUGCAAUCAAAUAAACUAAGAGUGGUGGGAAGUAAGCAGAACUUUGGAAUUUUGCAAAACAAUAGAUAACACAGGCAGGGUUUGUUCCUGCUGUAAGCCCUGGGGACCACAUCUUUAAUGAAUAUACAAAAACUAUGUCCUGCUAAUCUUGCUGAGUACAAAGUAAACAAGAUCAGUGUGAUCACUUCCCUAAUACGGUUACAUCAGCUCACAUCUGGCAUGGGAAGUAAGAGAUGCUGAGUCUUCAUUUAUAAUGCAUCUCUAAACACACACAUUUGGGGUUAGGCAUCUGUAAAUAUUUUUAAUUCUAGCUUCAGUUAUGUAAAGCAUAUUAAAAUAUCUCUGUGCUAGAAUAUUUCUAAAUUGUAGAGAAUUUUCAUAACUCACUCCCUCUUUCCAGAGCGCCACCAUAAAUGUAACCAAUAUGGACGAUGCAGACAAAGUAAUUAGAAUGGCUUCUGAGCAACUCGGAAUUCCAGUAAGUACACAUUGGUUACUUUGCUUUUUCUACGUAAUUCAGUUUUAAUGAUGUAUGGUUAUGUAGGUUACACAUAUCAGAAUGAUCAAGAAUAACUAAAACCGAAACAUCUUGAUAUCUGUAGCACUGCUAUUACCUACCCGGGAACUUAAGGUCCUCUGACGAUUCCCCCUAUAUCUCAUACUGGUAGAAGAGAAAUGUCCCUUGCAAAAUAGACAACCCGUUCCCUUAAAGGGUGAUGGAAUCAGCUGGGAAGAGAGCACUAGAAGUAAUGUUUUUUUUUACAUUAACGUUCUCUUCACUAUUAUAUAAUAUAGUAAGUGAUAUUUCUUAGGAAUUUUCCAGGAACAAAAAAAACCUUUAUUGACUAGUUAGAUCUAAUCACACGAUGUAAAGUAUCCUAAAUGAAUUUGUAGACAAUGAAGAGGAAGCAAGAUGAUUGGUUCGUUAUAGAAAUAAAACCCUGCUUUAGUGUGAUUACAAAUGGCCAAAAACGGCACUAGUUUAUACAUAAUGCCAUAAUUGCAUGAUUUAUGUUUUUCUGUCCCUAGGGCAAGCCAGGUGACUACCAUUUGUGGGUGAUAUCUGGAAAGGAUGAACCCUCUUAUCCAUUGUAUGGUGAGAGAUGAUCUAAAACAGAAUUAUCUAAAUCUGUGCUCUGUGCAAUGAAGGUCUAGCGCUUGCUAAAUGGCUCCAGCAAUUGGACAGCUAUGAUGUGUUUUGUGUUGUACUAUGCAGGAUGUAAUGUAGCUUGGAGGAUAUAUGCUAUUAAGCGCUACACUGCAAAAAAAUAGAAUACAAAUUAAAUUUAAAAAAGGUUUUACUUACCUUUAUUUCCAGCCCAGAGACUCACUUGAUGUCGCCUGUUCUUCCUCCCGUGACCUAAACCUACAAGUGUUGCUUCCUGGGUUCUUGUCCAAUCCAAUUCUUCUCACAGAGAAGCAUUGGGAAUGAAAUGCAAUGUGAUAUAUGACGAUAUUCUGUGAGGAUGUUGAAUGUCACAUAACCAAGUCAAACUCAGUUAUGGACACAGCAGAGGCUCUAUUGCCUGUCAGGAAGACAGGCACUAGGGGUAUGUUUUGCUCUACAAUCAUACCAUUGCCAUAUCUACUAAAAGGCAAUGUUUUAGAUUUCAGGAAAAAUCGCCAGGGGCACUGAAAACAGACCACUUUGUUGUGAUAAAGUGGUCAUGGUUCUUUUGGUGUCCCUUUACUAUAAUAGCUAUGACCUGUGAUGCUAGAAAAAGUCAAAUAAUAAUCUUAUGCCUUAGUAUUACCCUACAAUAUUACCCUAAGAAUACAGACGGAGUAAAAAGUCUGACUUUUUUAGGAAAAAAGCAAAAUUAUAUUGAAAAUGCAGUUGUUUUAGUUGUGUUUUAUUAUGUUUACCAAUCUAUUCCCACAUUACAUGACUGUCAUCAGUGUGUAAAUAAUUUUAAUGAAACACUGUCUUUUAUUGUACUUCUCUUUUGUCAGGCCACGAGCACCCUUUCAGCAUUGCCUUGCAUUGUUUUCGGGAAUCCCAUGAGAUGCCAAAGGGGAGCAACAACAACCUCUUCUUAGAUCAAGGCUCUGAGACUGUUAUCGUAGAGCAGCUUCCCAGGGAGAGACAUUGCCAGUUCGUCCUGAGACUAAGGCCGCAAGUCCAUGAGAAUGCAGGGAGAGGUAAUGUAAUACAUCUGCCAUUUGUAUAUUUUUAUUUAGGAGAAAACAUAAAUCAGACUUUGAAUGCUGGGUACUUAUGUGAGGAUGGUGCCACACACAUAAAUGUUUAAAGUUGAAAAGAAUCUCAGUAAAUGCCCUUAAUAAUCAUAUCUCAAAAGACAAAGCCAUUCCACAGUCUCACUUGCUAUUUGCCUUAACCCCUUAAGGACCAAACUUCUGGAAUAAAAGGGAAUCAUGACAUGUCACACAUGUCAUGUGUCCUUAAGGGGUUAAAGGGACACUCCAGGCACCCAGACCACUUCUGCCCAUUGGAGUGGUCUGGGUGCCAACUCCCACUACCCUUAACCCUGCAACUGUAAUUAUUGCAGUUUUUAUAAACUGCAAUAAUUACCUUGCAGGGUUAAGUCCUCCUCUAGUGGCUGUCUAGUAGAGGGCACUUCCAGGUUUAUAGCACAGAUUUUCUGUGCUAUAGCGUCGCUGGACGUCCUCAUGCUAAAAUCACCACAGGAAAGCAUUGAAAACACUUUCAAUGCUUUCCUAUGGGGAGGUCUAAUGCGCAUGCACGGCAUUGCCGCGCAUGCUCAUAAGGUCUCACCCGGCGGCGGGCGUGAUCAGUCUCCCCGGCCGGCUGACGUGGUGACGGGGAGGAGCGUGGGCGGACCAAGAAGCAUCACCAAGGGACAUCGUCGAUGCCUCUAGUAAGUCACUGAAGGGGUUUUGACCCCUUUAGCAACCGGGGGGGGAGGGAGGGGAGAGGGAAAACAGAUUGUUUUCCUGGCACUGGAGAGUCCCUUUAAUUUGCCUUAAUCUGCACAUGGAACAAUAAAGUUAAACAAAGCAGAUUCCCUUCUUCUAAAUCUAGAACUUCCAAUUCCAAAUCCAUUGCACUUUCCACAACGUAUUUAUCGUAAUUUUCUAAACUGAGAUGGUGGAGAAAUGAUAAGGAAAUUGCCCAAAUAAUUAAAAUAGAAACACUCUCUGGUGUUUGCAGUUCCAUUUAUCAUUUCCUGUUAAUUUCUGGUUAGUGAUGAGAAAACAACUUCUAAAGGUAAAUAUAACAGGUAGCCCAUAUAUAAGGGAUUUUUAGUAAGCCGCGAUUACUGUUAAAUUUAUUUCAAUAAUAAAAUGUUUGAAAACUAGAAGUACGGGAGACAGUCUGAUAUUGCAUGACCUUAAAGGGACCCUAGAGUCACCAGAACCACUACCGUUUAAUGUAGUGGUUCUGGUGUCUAUAUCCUGUCCCUGUAAUCAUUUCAAUGUAAAAGCUGUCUUUUCAGAGGAAAUGCAGUGUUUACAUUGCUUCCUAGUAGCACUUCAAGUGUCUGUAACUCAGACGGCCACUUGAGAUGCUUUCUAGUCCAGUGCUGCACAGUACGUAUGUUCAGCGUGUCCAUGUUCUGCAUGGAGACAUAGAACGUUUCCAAUAGAGGUGCAUUGAUUCAAUGUAUCUCUAGGAGAAGAUGCUGAUUGGUGCAGUGCGGCCAUAGACUCCCAAUGCUUUCCUAUGAUAAUCUAUUCUAGACGAUGAAGGUGGAGUUAGCCGCGGCGAGACUGGCGAAGAAUGGGAGAAAAGGUGAGUAAAAGCACUAAGUACUGAGAUUGAUAGAGAGGCCGGUCACCUAAACAGCUACUUAAGGACUAUAGUGUCAGGAAUGCAUGUUUGUAUUCCUGACAUUAUAGAGUUGAUUUAAGCUAUUUGCUGUUUUGCUGGAAUUUUCUGUUUGCACUCUGACAUUUUAGGUUUUUUUUCUCACAGUUAGUUGCAAGCGUUUUUGUUACAAAUGAAAAAAAACAUUCAGCUUUUAGCAAAAGAACAGUUCUGGGUAUUUCAGAGUCAGAUUCUUCAGUGUUUCAGCUUAAAAAACAGCUCUAAACAGGCCAAAACAGCAACCCUUCUGUUAAAUCAGUUCUCUCUGUUAUGUCUCUGGGCAUUGACAUCUUGCAUCUCCCAGAGGCACAGAUCCAGAGAGCACGCCUGGGUAACAGCAAUUCCAAAUACUGAUACAUGUAGAAAAUGUGUGUUUGAAAGUCAAUUAAUUUUACUUUAUAUAUGCAUUACUAAGCAGGAAUUGCUGAGGUGGUGAAUAGCUGGUGCAAUGAGUGUAUUACAGUGGAUACUUCUUAUCACUUUACGUAAAAAUUCAUUUAAUUCCUCUUCCUGACCACUUAUACUGCUCUGUGAUUUGAUUCAUGUAGAUCGAGACCAGUGGUAUGGACAUAGUGAAGACAUAGACACUGAAUUUUAUGCAAACGUUGGAGCAUCCCUGACCGAAUAACAUAGUUUGUGAGCAACUGAAAACUCAACAUAUAUCUUUAUAUUUCAAUACAUAGAUGUUAUUUAUUUGCUGAUUUUAAUUGAUAUAAAAAAUAAAACAGUAAAUAUGGCAUGUACAAACAUUUUGGAACCCUUUUAGUUAUUCACUAGUUACUUUUUUUAGUAAGGUCUCAGAACCGUCAUUGUCUACACCAGGGGUUCCCAAUUAGUAAACCGAUAGUAGUAUUUAGGAGCAGGUGUGCUUUUGUGUGUACAGUUGGUGUUUGUAUAUAAUGUUAGCGUUUUGAUGUGUGUGUUUGUAUGUAAUGUUUGCAUUUGCGUGUAGGGGUGUGUUUGUAUGUAAUAUUUGCAUUUGCGUGCAGGGGUGUGCUUGGAUGUAAUGUUAGCUUUUAAAUGCGUGUGUGCAUUUGUGUGUAGUAUUAGUGUUUGAGUGUUUGUAUAUAAAUUUGAAAUUUGAAUCCAGGGUUUUUUGUAUGUAAUGUUUGUGUUUUCAGGAGUAUUUUGCAUGUUGUGUUGGUGUUUGAUUGCUGGGAUGUAUGCACAUAUAUGUGUUUGAUUGCAUGGAUGAUGUUUAAUUGCUGGGAUGUAUGCACAUAUGAUUGCUGUACGUAUGCCAUGUACAUACAUACACAAGCAAAUUAACACACAGACACACAUAUAAGAACAUUGACACAUAAACACAGUGGUGUAUCAGGACAAAACUCAGACACCCCGCACCACCCCCACCCAACCCUUCCCCCCGCCCUACCUUCUAAAUACACACACACACACUCAUUCACUGACAGAUACGCAUACACUAGCUAACAGAAACAUACACUCACUAACAGACACACACACACUAAUAGACACACACUAACAGACACACACACUAACAGACACACACAUACACUCACUAACACAUACACACUAACAGACACACACACAGUCAGACACACACACUAACAGACACACACACACUAACAGACACACUCACUAACAGACACACACACACUCACUAACACACACACUAACAGACACACACAGUCAGACACACACACACUAACUAACAUUAAAACACUCACUUUUUUUUAAUUUAACCCCCCCAGCCUCCUUACCUUUGGGAGUGCUGGGUGGGGGGCGGGUUCUCCCAUUCCCUGGGAGUCGAGUGGCUGCUUGGCUGCUGGGAUGCUGGUCGGGUGGGUGUCGCUGGUGAGGGAGCACUUUCCCCUGAGCUCUCUGCUCAGCUCCCUCACGCUCCGCCCGCAGAGUGAGGCUGGGAGCCGGAAUAUGAUGUCAUAUUCCGGCUCCCAGCCUCACUCUGGACGGCGAGCAAGGGAGCUGAGCAGAGAGCUCACUAAUCAGUGCUCCCUCGCCAGCGCCACCCACCUGCCUGGACUGUUAGCCGCAAGGCUAACAAGGCAUUUGCCCUGGGCAUUUGGGGGCGGCUUUUUUUGCUGCCCCCUGGAAAAUGCCGCCAAAGGCAAAUGCCUUGUUUGCCUCGCGGCUAAAACGUCCCUGCACACACACAUUCAUAUACACACUGACAUAUACACACAGACACAAAGAUACACACCUUGAAACAGAGAUACACACUGGAACAUACACACACACACCAAUACACACAUACUGACAUGCACACACACACACACACACACACACUCAGAUACACACAGUGACACAUACACAAACCUUGACACACAGAUACACACACUGACACACACUCAGACACACAUACUCUUUGACAGACACACAUACACACACACUGACAAGCACACAUGCCCUCUCACUGACAAGCACACAUGCACUCUCACUGAAAAGCACACAAACACACUCACUGACAAACACACAUACACACACAAUCACUGACAAACACUGACAUGCACACACACACACACACACGCACACACACUCAGAUACACACAGUGACACAUACACAAACCUUGACACACAGAUACACACACUGACUAGCACACAGGCACUCUCACUGACAAGCACACACACACACUCACUGACAAACACACAUACACUCUCAGUGACAAACACACUUACUGACAACACACAAUUUAUUUAUAUUUUUAAAUUUCACUCCACCCAACCUCCCUACCUUUGGGAGUGCUGGCAUGCAGUUUCUAUUUCCCCAGGGACCAGUGGGGCUGCUGGCGUGUGGUCCCUGGGGUCCAGUGGGGCUGCUGGGCUGAACAGCUGGCGUGCAGGUGUACAGUGCGGGCAGCGAGGGAACAGUGAUCUUCCUGCUCAGCUCCCUCACGUGCCUCUUAGUGAUGCCAAGGCUGAAGUGACGUCAUAUUUCAGCUCCGGCAUCACUCCGGCAUCACUGCGGUAGGCUCGAGGAAGCUGAACAGGGGAGAGUGCUCCCUCACCGCCCACGUCAAUUAUCAGCUGCACCCGACCGGGUCAAAUCGCGGCGGCCAUUUUGUUUGCCGAAAUUACGGCGGAUCCCCAAUUUUGAAAUGCUGGUCUACACUAACUCUAUAGUCCUUUCUAAAGGGGACAUUUCCACAGUUGCACAAACAUGAUUUGCAUGGAAAGGUCAGCAAAAGGAAACAUUUACUCCCAAUCACAAUAUUCAACCCAUGUAUAAUCUAGAGGUAUUUUGGAACCAAAUGCUGGCAUUUGUUGAAUUAAGUGUUUUAGCUACAAUCACAGAAGAGGAGUGUUAACUUCUUUUCAUUUAGAAAUAAACUAAACAUUUUAUUUUGUCAUGGAUGUCCAAACAUUUGCACAUAGAGCUGUAGGGCUAUUGACUUUUGAGUAGUUCUGGCAUGUUAUAAAACCAUUUUAUAAAAUGUACAUCCUUACUAAAUCUUGGUAACGCAGAGCUGUUAAUGUAUUAUCCCAGUGUUGACCAUAUUGCAUAACCCCAUAUCUUCGUAUCUAUGAGAAAUUCACAGCAAACAUGGAUGAUAAAACGUUGUAUUCUUGUCCUACAGAAUCAGUGCAAAAACAUUCCAGAAGAAAAAAGUCCCUGAUUGACUGGGCUCUUCGACGUACUGGGAGCACCACUCUGAGCAGCCGUGUCCCUCAAUCACCAAACACUCCUCGAAAACUCUUUGGCUUGUCCCUGUCAUCUAUUUGCCUCAAUGGCAAUCUUCCCAAACCCAUAAUGGUAAGAAAUAAUACAUUUUAUUAUCUUACACCUUGAGCAGUCUGCUUUAAAUUUCCAUCCUGGGGGAACAAAAUAUAUAUUAUUUAUAAAAAGGAAAUAAUUGCAUUUCAUUUAAUCAAUAUUACCAUUCCUAUGAUGAUUCAUUAUGAAUACUUUUCAUUAUAUACCUUGACAUCCAUGUUGCUAAUUUAAGUCUAUAUAUAAACAUAUUUUAAUUUGCUCUCUGGGUUUUUCUUAGUGAGUAGAUGAGCAGAAUUUCAGAAUUCCCCAUCUCCAGACUCCACUAAUCUCUCUGCUUCAGCUUACCCAUAAAUAGUAGCUCAAGACUUAAGGUGUUAAAUCACUACUCACUCUAAAAUUAAACUCUGCCCACAAAAGCCUUAAUUUAAUUACAGUCGAUAAUCUUUAUCAGUAGGUUAUCGGUUCUUGAUAAGACAGUUAAUGGUUCUGACAUAUUAAAUACAUGCUGUUAAAUCGACACUUUUAUAAACGGAGACAUGGGUGAGAUGCAGUUAACCCCUUUAGCACUUUAACAAGCAGAAGUGCUUUAGUGGUCUGUUGAGUCCCUUUAAUUUCAGAGGUCAGAGGCUUGAUGUAAAUAAGGUAUAAACUCCAACUGAACAGGCUAUAAACCAGGCAUGUGCCUUGUAAAUCAAAAACAAAAAAUAAAUCCAUAAGAGAGAACUGAUCUGGCAGUUUCUUAGCAUGGAAAAAAAGUUCUGAGUGUAUUUUAAAACAUUUGUUCACUGAUCGUGUCAGCUAAUUGCUUGGCAGCUAGCACUCAGAUGUAAUUCUGCCAUUGAACGUACACUUUGUAUGAGAGAGAACUAAUUGUUUAUCAUUUGUUUAGGAUAUGCUUAUGCUGUUGUACGAGGAAGGUCCAAACACCAAGGGGAUUUUCCGACGUUCAGCCAACGCUAAAACUUGCAAAGAACUGAAGGAGAAGCUGAUCUCUGGGAAUGAUGUUCAGAUAGACAGAGAGUCGGUGUUCGUUGCAGCAGCUGUGAUAACGGUACAUACUUACCAUUUUAGUUCCCAAUGGCCUAUUGUAGGGUUUUACUCUUAUUCUUGCUCUGUGUCCCAUUUUACUCUGUAAUCUUACUCUGUGUGAAUCAUUUUAAUGAUAUCAAUGACCCCAAAGAGUUUUUUGACAUGUAUCAAGUUAGAGCAAAAUGGAUCAAUUUCAUAGUAACAUAGCAGUCUAGGCUUAAAAAAAGACUGAAGUUAAUCAAUGUCAACCUUAAAACCCACGGUUAUGUGCUGUUAAUCCAAAAGAAGGCAAAAAAAAAUAAAAUAAAAAUUUUAGCCAUUUCCAAUUAUGCUACAAAAAGGGAAAAAAAUCCUUCUUGACUCCAUAAUGAGAUCAGAUUUCAUCUUGGAUUAACAACCUGUUCACAUACAUAUAAAUUAUAUAAUUGGGGGUCAGUGGUUUCCUCUUGUUGAUACCCUUUGGGAUUGCUCAAGUUUAAGAACAUAAUUCUGGUUUUAUUAUUCUGACUACUGAACCCCAGAACACUGAAAAUGUCAACAUUUCAAAUUUGAACAUCAGAUGAGUACCUUAAUAAGUACCUUAAUAUAUAUAGAACAUCAGAUGAGUACCUUAAUAAGUACCUUAAUAUAUAUAGAACAUCAGAUGAGUACCUUAAGAAGUACCUUAAUAGAUGCAGAACAUCAGAUGAGUAAGCAAAGAAGUACCUACACUACAGAUACAAGCUUUCCGUUUAUUUAAGGUAACAGCAUGCAACUUAACAACGUUUUGGCUAAGCCCUUGACAAAGGACUUUUGACUGAAACAUUGUCAAUUUGUGUGCUGUUCCCUUAAAUAAAUGGAGAUAUCAUAUCAGGAAUGCUGGACCAUUAUAUAUUUUAUAUACAAUUUGGGCUGAGCAGGCUGACAUGGCAAAACUUAACAUUUAUAGAAGAUACUAGUGUAUUUAUUAGUACAUGUUGCUAUUUAUUUAAUAGCAACAUUUAUAACCACACUGUGUCUUGCUCUUUUGUGGAACUGGAAAAAAACCCUUAGGUGCCUCUGGAAAUUAUACAAAGAAUGUCAUGGACUCAACAGCAAAUGAAUAAGAAUUAUUUUAAGUGCCUUGUAAACAUCUGCCAGGGAGUUACAUGCAUGAAAAUAUGAGAUGUUUAAUAUACUUUUGUGUGGCAAUCAAAAUGUGGGAAAGAAUCCACUCAAAGUAACUUGACAGAAAUAUUAAACAACCAAAAGAACUUCUGUAAUGUUCAUUAUAAGUAAAACAUACCAUAUCCAGCAUAAAACAUACAUUAAUUAACAAAGAGCCAGCAACAGCCGGUGGCCCCAGGCCCUCUUCUGAUUCCAGGGAUUUUAUUUAUGGCCCAUACCAGAUUCUUUAUUACAUAAUGAAUUCAAUAGUGUCUGGUGCAAUAGAUACUCUGUAUGUUAAACUGUAUGGUAAAAAAAAAAAACUGUCCCAGUGUAAAUUAGUUUUAUAAUAGCUAGAAGUAGAGAGUGGUAACUAUUAGUUAGUGGUACAAGAUACGGUAGUGUAAACUCGAAACAUUUAUUGGUUAGCUAUGUAGAUUUAGAUACCUGAGAGGUCUCCAAUAAGCUUGCACUCUUAAUCUACAUACUUGGUCAUAGAUAAUGCUAUUCUGUAUUAUACUAUACUAUAUUCUACUGUGCUAUAUUGUACUAUAAUAUGUUUUACUAUACUAUACUUUGCCAUACUAUACAAUGUUAUGUUAUAGGCAUCAAGUGAACAGUCAGCUCUUGAACUUCAUAUGUUGGAAGCAGGAACAAUGGACAAGUGAAAGAGGCUUAGACAAGGGCCUAGAUGACUGAGUGAGGGCAUUUAAAAAAUGGCAUGACUUGUGAUGUGUUCCCAGGAUUGCAGUGGGGCAAGGAAGGACAACCGGUGAACCGGGGUUAAGAUCAUGGGUGCCUAAGGCUUACUGAUGCACAUGAGGAGCAAAGGCUUGCCUAUAUGUGCAACCAUACAGAAGAACUGCAGUAGCUCAAAUUGCUGAAAAUGUUUCAUGUGGCUUUAAAAGUGGAGUGCUUAGCAGUACAAUUGUAAAAAAAUUUAAAAAUAUUACUUGCUCUAUAGAUAAACUACUGUGUUGAAAAACAAUAAAUCCAUAUUUGGUUAAAAAUACAAAAUCAUGGGGGGCGGAGCUUGCCAGCGAGCCUGAUCGGACGCCAUCUCUAUCAGCUCCCGAUAGCCCAGAGCUAAUCUUAUCAAUCCUGAUCAAUACCGGCAUCAUCCUAGAGCAACACACCCCGCAAGCGAUAUUUCACAAGCACUGGAGUGCAUACAUGCCUUUCUUUCACGCCCAGAAGCCGGCAAAACAGAAACGCAGGUCUGGGGCCUACAGAGCAACGGCCUUCUCCGGCUGGCACUCACUACUCGGCGGAGCACCGCUCGAAAGUGCAACAACUGCCCCAACCCAGUACAGACCUGAAACCACAAACGGUACACCCACCAUGAGGCGCAGAAACCAGAAAGCCUCACCUGGUACAGGGUCCGACUCCAAAGACAUCAGCACCAUGCUACAAAAGCAGCCGCAGCCCGAGAUGGUGGCCGAGGAAGGUGUCGUCAUGUCGGCCCCUCCAGAGUCACCAAACCCAAGGCUCUGUAGCAACCACAAACCUUGA